GAAUCAUGGAUGAUCACUCGAGUCGACAGCUUGGAGAAGAACUAAACCAGUUAUUUUCCAAGUGGCAAGAAAAUUUCCAACCUCUAGAACCCCACUUGUCAACUUUUCAAGAGAUAGCUGACAGUGUUGCCGAGCUUGCAAAUGAUGGCGCAGACUCCUCUAUAUUCUCCACUCAGCAAGUUACCACCGGUCCUCUGGAGGAAGAACUGGUAGCUGAAAACCUGUGGAGACCAAUGGAAGAACAAGGAACCAAGUCGUUGAUAGAGUUGGGUCCUGGCGUUGAUUCUAUUACGUCGUCUCAUUUAGAAAAGUUGCAAAGAAACGACGAAAGAAUAUUGUCGAAUUGUGCAGUCGACAAGUUCUGUGAAAGCCUUAUAGAUAUAGCAUCUAGAGAGGUGGAACAUAGGUCUUCUUGUUUAGCCACCUUUGAUGUACAUAACUUAUCUGUCGAUAGUUCUUCUCGUCCAUCCCAUUCUGCGUUUGGAACGGAAGAUAGUCAUUAUCUUUCUUAUCUUUUGUUUUUAAACCGUAGAAAGUUGCAGGCUGUGGAAGACUGUUUGGAAAAAAUUGAUUCCAUUCAGAAACUGGACACCCUAUCACAACAACAGAAGAAUAAUGGUUCUUCCGUUAGUCACGGUAGUAGGACUUCAAUGCCGUGGUAUUGGAGUUGGAUAAGAACCAACUCUCAAAAGAAUGCUGUUCAUAGCUUAGAGCAUCCACCGUAUACUACGGCAUUGUUUAAAUAUGCCAACUAUUUUAUUCAGCGACUAGGAUUUUCUUCUUCUAACCUAUUCAAAGGAUACGUUCCAUUUUGCGGUGUUGAAAUCGUGAAAAAAGGUCGUAGGGAAGUUCUUGAACCAAAGCGGCAUUCAGAUACGGAGCGAGUGGGCUCUCAGAAACGUAAGGAAUUGGGUAUUUCAUUUGAGAAAUCCUUUCGUCCGAGAAACUUUCAACAAGUAUUGGAAAAGAUGGUCAUAAGAAGUGCACAAGAAGAAAGAUAUCAGGAAUUGGUUGAUGAGUUAACAAAGGGUGUGAUUGGCCAUCAUGAGUUUCGAAACAAGAUUAAGGAAAUAUCUGAGAUGAGCUUAUUGGAUGCUAGUUAUCAAUCAGUGCAUUGGAGUAGAGAAAAAUGGGUGGGGUUACUUGAGCAGAAUACAAGCAAGUUAUCUAAGAAUGUUCAAGUGGAUGAUGUAAGACUGUAUUGGGUCAAUUAUGGAGCUUCCUUUUAUCGAAAGGACUCAUUUAGCAAAGAAGAAGAUGAAGAAAUAUUACAAGCAGUACAACAACUUGGAGAACAUAGUUGGGUUCAAGUAGCCAAUCGAGUGAAUUCAGGUCGAAGUCCAUGGCAAUAUUUUUGUCGAUAUCAACGAACUCUUCGACCAACUUGUUUGACUUGUAAAUGGACGAUGGAAGAAGAUAUGAAACUUUUGGCAGCUAUAGAGAAAUAUGGUACAAAGCAGUGGUCACUUGUAUCGUGUAAUGUUCCUGGAAGAACUCGUCAACAAUGUCUUCAUCGUUGGAGAAGAGGUCUUUGUCCGAAUAUUCAUCAUGGCAAAUGGACAGUAGAAGAAGAUGAACUGCUACGCAAAGCAGUAGUAAAAUAUGGAGAAGGUCAUUGGUCACAAAUAGCUCAAAUGGUUCCUGGACGAACGGAUUUACAAUGUCGAGAAAGAUAUACUGACGUUUUGAAACCCUCAUUGAGUCAUCAGCCUUGGACCCAUGAGGAAAAUGAACGUUUGUUACAACUUACUCAAGAAAUGGGAACAGGAAAAUGGUCUCUUGUAGCAUCAUUCAUGAAGAAUAGGACUGAUAAUCAAUGUUAUCGUCAAUAUAAGAAACUAAAAAGUGAAACAAGGAAAAAACAGAAGAGGUCCAAUUCCGAUGGAGAAUAACUUGCAAGUCAUUACCUAAACAUUCUCACACUUUUAUUUAUGAAAAAAGACUAUAAAGGCAUUCUUAAAAAU